AUGUCACACCUAGAACAUUACAAUCUUCUCUAUCAUUCGCGGCAUGGUUUUCACACAUUCAAGUCAUCUGAAUUACAACUUAUUGAGUUGGUAAGUGAUAUUGUCCACAACUCACAUGCUAAGCAGACUGAUGUCAUCAUAUCGGACUUUUCUAAGACGAUAGGGUCUUCGACCAUACCCCUAACCGUACACCAUCUAUGUAUCCCACCCAUUUCAAUUACAACUGCUGGUAUCGCUAAGCUAUUAUAGACAACCUAACGCCACACAAGGCCACUGUGCCUGAUGGUCUUUCUCCCAUAAUCCUCUGGGAGCUCUCUCCUUAGUAAUUCAUGUAGAUAAUCCCUAUCAUCUCACCAAAUACCAGAGGACUGGAAAAAAGCCUUGGUAAUACCCAUCUUUAAGAAAGGUGAUAGGGACAGUCCGGCAAACUACAGACAUUUCCCUGUAUCUGCAGUAAAUUGCUAGAGCACAUCAUCACUAAGGGUAUCAUGUCACACCUACAUCAUUACAAUCUCCUCUAUCGUUUGUGGCCUGCUUUUCACAGAUUCAUUUCAUGUCAAUCGCAGCUAAUUGAGUCGACAACUCAUGUGCUAUGAAAGCAGACUGAUGUCAUCAUAUUGGACUUUUCUAACACCUUUAAUUAGGUUCCUCAUAACAGACUUCUUCUUAUAAACUGGAGAAUUAUGGUAUUAAAGGCGAGACUCUGAGGUGGAUUAAAGCCUUCCUUAAAAAACCGCAACAAUCUGUGGUGGUGGAUGACGAGAGGUCUGUCUUUCAAGCAUACGUUAACAAUCUCCUGCGGAACAUAAGAUCAAGGGUUCACCUAUUUGUUGACUAUACCAUUCUGUAAUUGACUAUCAUAAGUGAAGAUCACUGCAGACAGCUCCAGGAUGACCUUGAUGUGCUACAAAAAUGGGAGGUAACUUGAAGGAUGGAGUUUAACAACCCUUAGUGUGUGGUGUUACAUACUUAUUACCUGCAUGGCACUGCACUAAGGGAGGUUGAUCACGGUUGAUCACAUGGAAUACCUACAAUAGGUAUAUGGUUGUCAAAUGAUCCCAAGUGGAAUUGGCACAUUGACAAGAUAACAGCCAAAAGAAGGCAAAACGCAUACUUGGAUUCCUUAAAACAAAUUUACGGGUAAAUUUGUCAACUUUAAAAGCCAAAGCUUCUGCAGGCUUAGUCCACCCCUAGGUUGAGUGCUGCUCAAGUGUUGUGACCCUGCCCAGGUGUUGAGAAUAACAGUUCAUAUAAGAUCAAAACAAUACAGUGCCAUGUGGCUUGAUGGUGGCUACACUGAUGCUGGAGCAACAACACUGUCCAGUGUUAUCAACAUGCUUGAAGACCUGGGAUGGCGUACCCUAGGAAACAUCAUGGCCCUC